AUGGAUGUGUCUAAUGCUUUGGUUCAUCCUCCUACAUUGGAUAGUAGUGGAAAAAACUAUUCCUUGUGGAAAACUAUGACGAAGAUGUAUAUAAAAUCCAUUGAUGAAUGUGCCUGGGUUGCUGUGUUAGAUGGAUGGACUCCACUGCGUGUUACUGAUGAUGUUGGCAACAUUACUCCUGAACCAGAAAGUCAAUGGAGUGCAGAUGAACGACUCAUUUCCAGUCACAACUCCAGGGCUUUGAAGGCUAUUUUCAUCUCAGUUGAUGUUCCUUGUUUUCGCAUGAUCUCUAACUGUGUUGAAGCUUGUGAUGCUUGGUUUAUUUUACAAGAACAAUGUGAAGGAUCAACAAGUGUUAGAGCAACAAAAUUACGAAUGUUGACCAUAAAGUUUGAAAUAUUGAGAAUGCGUGAAGAUGAGACUAUUCCAGCAUAUUAUGAGAAGUUGUGUGAGAUCUCAAAUGAGGCGGUUGGUCAUGGAGAACCGAUCAGCAAUGAGAGACUUGUAAGUAAAAUAUUGAGAUCACUUCCGGAAAGGUACAACAUGAAUAUUUCUUCCUUUGAAGAAACUGUUGAUGUUACUUCGAUUAGAAUUAGUGAUUUGGUUAGUAAGUUAGUAACAUUCGAGAUGAAUCUUGAGCAGCAAAAAAUUGAUUACUAUCCUAAGAAUGUUAAUUUUCAUGUUGACAAAUCUGCUUCUGCGAUUGAUGUUACUGACAAGUUGAGAAAAGUGAAUGUCAAGUCUGGAAACAAAAGGACAUUUGCGAUGUCAAUGGGAUCCUCAUCCAACAUCAGGAAUGUUAAGAGGAACUUCUGUCCAACAUCGGAGAUUAGAAAUGCUGACAACAUUCAAUGCAGAGAAGUUGGAGUGAUAGAAGCCCUUGAAGAGCUUGAUGUUAUAUCUGAUGAUGAUAUUGAACCAGAUUUUAUGAAUGUUGGUAAUAAUGUUGAUAACAUUGCUCUAAACAUUCAAGAUGAUGAUGAAAUGGAGAUCUCCACUAAUGCAACAAACUGGUAUGAAAUAAUCUUUCUUUGUGAAUUCAAUACUAACAUACCAGAUGUUUCUUGUACUGCUGUUGUUGAAGAACAUAUGAUUGAUCCACUGAAAGAAAUGGAGAACAAUGAAGCCUUGUAUGAAGAAGUGGACAAUCAAUGUGGAGAGCUAAGGAAUGGCAUAUGUCUGUUGCUGGAUGAGAAUCGAAAGUCGAAAGAUGAGGUUACCAGAAAUGAAGGCCUUCUAACACAACGUGAUGUUGAAUUGGGUAAGCUAAAAGAUAAGGUUGUUAGUGUUGAAAGAACAUUUGAGUAUCUAAACAAAGGGUUCAAUAUGUUGACUGAACAUCACAAUAUCACUGUGUGUGCUAAGGAGAGAAAUGUUAGUGUGAUCAUGGAAAAUAUUACUAACAUAGGAUUUUCACAUGAAGAGAAAUCAAAGGGGAAGCCUAAGUCCUAUGCGUGCCAUUAUUGCUCAACUCGAGGUCACAUUAAAUCCUAUUGUGUUAAAUGUCUCAGUGAUGUUGAUGAUCUAUCUGCCAAACAAAUGUUUGAUAGUUACCAGAGGAAUGUUAGCAACAGUAGCAUGUUUGAUUUUGGAGAAAUGUCCAACACUGAAAAAGAUGAUAAACCUUGCAAUGUUGUAUACACAUCUUUACAUGCUAACAUUUCUGAAAGCUGGUAUUUUGAUAGUGGUUGUUCGAGAUACAUGACAGAUUCUAAAGCGUUGCUCACUGACUAUGGCUCAACAAAUGGAGGAAAUGUGUUUGCCAAGCUGAGUGAUAUCGAGCUGCGAUAUCAAAGACUCAGUCAUGUUGAUCUCAAAAAUCUCGAGAAACUCAUUGCAAAUGAUGUUGUUCGUAGACUCCCAAAGUUUGUGAUCAAACGAGAUGUUGUAUGCCAACCAUGUCAGAAGAGGCAACAACUACGAAUUGCAUAUCCAAUGUUGUCAACAUGCAACACCACCAAAUGCUUUGAACUGUUACAUAUGAACUUGAUGAGUUCUAUUGAGGUAGAAAGUCAUGGAGGUAAGAUAAUCAGUCUUGAUCAUGGAAAAGUGUUUGAGAACAUAUUUUUUGAUGACGUCUGCACUAACCAUUGUUCAUUUCAUGAGUACUCGGCUCUCAAAACUCGUCACCAGACUAGUGUUGCAGUAAGGAAGAAUAAGAUACUUCAAGAGAUGAGAAAUGCGAAUGUUGACCCAACAUCUGAUGUAACAUCCAGUGACUCAACACCCAAACCUGAGUCAGCUGAAAACACUCCAGACUCCGAUGAUGAACAUGGAAGACAUUUUCUUCAUAACUCUAGCAGGCGCGAUCCUCUAGGACAUGUUAGAAAGAAUCACACGAACACUCAACUUAUUGGUGAUGUGUUGGAACAAAUGCAAACUUGA